CUUCCGCCCGGGCAGCAACGCCCCCUCUAUAAAGAGGGGGCCAGCUAGGAGUCGGGAGAGUCGGGGGGCCAAAGUGGGCGCAACGGCCGGGCUGCAAGACUGAGCUGCAGGAGUUGCAGGACUGAGCUGCAGGACUGAGCUGCAGGAGGAAGAGCGGCCCUGGCGCGAUUUGGAGAGGCAGAGGAGCCGCCCAGCCCUAAAAUGAGUAUUUGGAGUUUAUCUGGAUGGGUGUUUGCAGAAAAUCUGUGAAACUGUCCUGUGCCCUGUGAAAUCAGAGAUGAAAUCUACCUAGAGUCCAGAACUGACCUGUCAUCAAAGGAACCAAAAUGAUUCUAAAUUCUACUACCGAUGAGACUAUUAAAAGAAUCCAAGUUGAUUGCCCCACGGCAGGAAGGCAUAAUUACAUAUUCAUCAUGGUCCCUACGAUAUAUAGUAUCAUCUUUGUGGUGGGCAUAUUUGGAAACAGCUUGGUGGUGAUUGUCAUUUACUUCUACAUGAAACUGAAGACUGUAGCCAGCAUCUUCCUGUUGAAUUUAGCCCUGGCCGACUUGUGUUUUCUCAUGACUCUGCCUCUCUGGGCAGCCUACACUGCCAUGCAGUACCGCUGGCCUUUUGGCAACUGCUUGUGUAAAAUUGCCUCGGCUGGGGUCAGCUUCAACCUCUACGCCAGUGUCUUUCUCCUCACGUGCCUCAGCAUCGACCGCUACCUGGCCAUAGUCCACCCGAUGAAGUCCCGUCUCCGGCGCACCAUGCUCGUGGCCAAAGUGACUUGCAUCGUCAUCUGGCUGCUUGCCGGCCUGGCCAGUCUGCCAGUGGUGAUUCACCGGAACGUGUACUUCAUCGAAAAUAACAACAUGACCGUCUGCGCUUUUCGCUAUGAAUCGCACAACACCACCCUUCCGGUGGGGCUGGGCUUAAGCAAGAAUAUGUUAGGCUUUUUGAUUCCCUUUCUGAUCAUCCUGACUAGCUACACCCUCAUUUGGAAGGCACUGAAGAAGGCAUACCAGAUUCAGAAAAACAAGACAAGAAACGACGAUAUCUUCAAGAUCAUUGUGGCCAUUGUCCUUUUCUUUUUCUUUUCCUGGAUUCCACACCAAAUAUUCACCUUUCUGGAUGUACUGAUUCAGUUACACAUCAUACACGAUUGCAAAGUCAUCGAUAUUGUGGACACAGCAAUGCCUAUCACCAUCUGCAUAGCAUAUUUCAACAACUGUCUGAAUCCCCUAUUCUAUGGGUUUUUGGGGAAGAAGUUUAAAAAAUAUUUUCUCCAGCUUCUGAAAUAUAUGCCUCCAAACGUCAGAUCUCAUUCAAGCCUAACAACAAAAAUGAGCUCCCUUUCUUAUCGCCCAUCAGAUAACUUAAACAUGUCUACUAAGAAGUCUUUUGGGGGCUUUGAUGCUGAAUGAUAUGCAGUAAGCAUGAUCCUGGAAUGAUAUUGGGAAGGAAAUCAUGGGAAGAACUCAUGACUUACAGAACACAAGAUUUAUCCCCCUAAACAAUCUGAAAAUGACCUGAAUUUUCUUUUGGCAAACUCUGAGCAAGAUAAUUCUUUUUUUUUCUUAAACUGAAAGACAGAGCUAAAUUUUUCAUCACUUCCACAUCCUCAGAUUUGGGAUUCAAACUAGAGAAAGAAAGAAUUUGGAAACUGGGCAAAUGAUGGUUGAACAUUUAAAACUUCUAGUGGCCUUCUGGCUGGAGAAGGGAUGGGGGGGGGGGUCGAGUCUCCCCCUGUUGCAGUCCUUUCUGGAGUAAGACUUUAGAACUGGCCUAGAGGAAGACCAGAGCAUAAAAUGUAAAUUGCAGUUCAUUCAAAACCUUGUCAUUAAGCCUAAAUGUUGUUGCCUAACUACCAGAUUUCUAAAUCAGGUGCACUGUUAAGGAAAUGAUUGAGGUCAGAUGAUCCUCAGGCCCCAAGUCUUACCUGAGGGUACUGUGGGCCUGUACAUAAUAUUGUGCAAGAUUCAGGAAUCUUCAGUGAAAUUCACUUGGUGUGGAUCUACCCUCCUGGCAAGUGCUGUGGAUUUGCACUGCCAAAGUGGUUUCAGUUUAACUCCUUGUUGGUUAGAUGCAAGUGGUUCAUGUUGUUAUUUUCUGUGGCUUUUUUCCUAAUGAUACUUGUUGGCUUUUGUGUUUGUAAAGAAAAAAGAUGAAAAAUAUAUAAACGUUCUCCAGUUCAAAUGUCACGUAUCACAAUGCACGUUGUUGUUUAAAAACUCUCCACCCCCUGUUCAGUAUAUUUAGCCAUUCACUCCUAAUUCAUCUAUGGAAUAGGCCUAUUUUCCAUGAAAUAAAAUGUAAUUUAAUAUAUAUCUUCUUUACUGUUGUGAAUAUACAGAAAUCCAACUUGUGAAUCCUCACUUACUGGACUCAUACUGAUGUAAAUACUGAACAUAUGGAAAUAGGUUCAUUUCAUAAAAAUAUUCCCACUCAUGACCAUCUUAAACACAGAUAUGUCAUUUGGAAAAUCAAAAUACCUUAAGAAAACCAACCUUAACAUUCCAGAUAGUUUUCCCUUUAUCCUCUAAAGCUAUAAUAUGUUGAGUUUCUCUUUUCUUUAAGAAUGUAUUGUCUGUUCAUUUUUCCAACUUUCCAUUAGAUUGUAAACUCCUUGUUGGCAGGGAUCAUUUCUUCUACCUCUAUUGUACUUUUCCCAGUGCUUAGUACAAUGCUGUGUACACAGUAAGUGCUCAAUAAAUAUUACUGGUUGAUUGACAUUAUUUUGCAAA